CGAUUCGCGUGGGGGUGCUCAUGGGAUUCCAGGAUCCGCAUUGUUGCUUAAGUGAGGUACACUCUGGGCUCAUGUUCGCCAGGCGGUGCCAGUUCGCCGAUAUCUGAUUGACGGCAGGAGUCAUAAGGUGGUUGAGUUCGGGUAACCAGCUUUAAACAUCAUUUGCUACUUUUCUUUGGAUGCAUGCGUUAACAUACAACUGCCCCUCUCUCUUCUCCAGACUAUCCGAUAGGUUGGCAGGGGGAUGUCGUCGCCUAAAGAGGUUUGAGUGGGAUUUGGUAUAGUAAGGAUUAUGCACCUCUUCAGCUGGACACAAACUUUCAUCUUGGCAUCUGCAUUAGUGCUCUCGGACUGUACCCAGGUGGUGGAGGAUGACAUACAUACACUACCUGUUCUGCUAUGGUGGACACCAUUUGGGGGAAAUCCUAGCUUUGUGCAGGAGUGUGGCACCCACCGCUGUGUGGUGACUGAUGAUCGAGCGCGGACCACCGAUCCACGCCUGGGAGCCUUCCUUUUCUAUGGCUCUGACCUGCAGCCAUGGGACCUACCGCUGCCACGCAAUAGCCGCGUCUUAUGGGCGCUGCUGCACGAGGAGUCACCCAAGAACGCGCCCAUCUUCUGCCAUGAUGACUGCAUAGGACUUUUCAACGUGACGUCAACGUUCCGCAGUGGCAGCGACCUGCCGCUGACAUUGCAGUACCUGGGUUCGCUUGACGAACUGACGUCGUCGGCGGCGCUGUUGUCGUUGGAGCAGAAGGCGGCCGCGGGGCUGGCGCCGCUCGUGUACCUGGCCUCCGGCUGUGACAAUCCGCUGCAGCGUGACGAGUACGUGCGCGAGCUGAUGCGCUACAUCGCCGUCGACUCGUACGGCGCGUGCCUCAACAACCGGCAGCUGCCGACGUCGCUGGCCGACCCAGCCGAGUCCGAUGAGACCGAGCUCGAUGCGCUGCUCGCGCCGUACCGCUUCUACCUAGCGUUGGAGAACGCCGUCUGCGACGACUAUGUAACCGAGAAGCUGUGGCGCCCGCUGCGGCUCGGCGUCGUGCCCGUGUACCACGGCGCGCCGAACGUACGCCGCUGGCUGCCCAACAACGACUCGGCUGUGCUGGUCACCGACUUCGCGUCGCCGCGCGCGCUGGCUGCCCAUCUGCGUCGACUGGGCGCCAAUGCUGCGGCAUACGCGGCCAGGCUGCGUCAUAAGCGAGGCGUCAUCACCAACCGGCUGCUACGCGAAACAUUGGCGGCGCGCGACUGGGCAGCACACGACCGCACGAACGGCCCCAGCUUCGUGGAGGCGUUCCAGUGUCACGUGUGCGCGCUGGCGUGGCGGCCGGAGGUGGCGCCGCGGACGCGCCGACCGCAUGCACUACGGCUGCCCGCGGCCGGCGCCGCUGCUGCCGGUUGCCGGCCGCUCGUGGUGGGCCGAGCAGUGGGAGCACGCGACCUACGAGGCACGCCUCAUGCGCCGCCUGGUGGACGAGGGCCGCGCCGUCACGCGUGAUCCGCUUCUACGAGCGUGUGCUGCACCUGCUCAAUGGCAGGGACGAGCUGUGAUCGACCCAGGGAUGGGACCUCGUGGCGGUGCACCGCGCCCAAGCUACGUCUUUUUCAGCCGCCAAGAGGGCAUGCAGUAUGGAUUGAAGGCCCACUUAUGAUAUGAGCUUGUAGGCGGAGUUGUUUUUGCAUAUUAUGUCGUAUCGUGUCACUUCAUCUGUAUGUUGGAACAACAGUCCUGUAAUAGCAAAACUAUUGCGAUAAUUGACGUGGGUCAUUAUAUGCAACAUGUGUCUGUUUGAUACCCUGGAAUUGGAGCGUGUUAUACCUACACUCCCCCGCUGAACUUAACAACGCUGAGCACGUUUGAGUGUCUUUCGGAUCUCGUGAUUACGUGUCCAGACUUGACUAUCGACCUUAACGAUGUUGGCAAGUUUUUCGCAAGUAUGCAUCAUGUUUUGGCAGGGUAAAAUAUUGUAGCGGUGCUUUUCGAUGCAAUAUCAUUACAUUUUAUACCUGCGUGAA